AUGGCCUUCAUGGUAGGCCUGUUCUUGGGGGAGUUGCUCAGGCAGAGGGCGGCCAGCGCCGCCACCCUCUGCGCGCCCUUGGUGGAGUACUGCCCGUCGAGAUUGGGGUCCAUUAUGCGGGAGAACCUCCGCGGGUCGUUCAGCCAUGGCCGCGCCCACUCGACCAGGUUCUGCUCCCUGUUGGGCCUGCUCUUAUCCACCGACCGCCGCCCGGAGAGCAGCUCCAGCAGCACCACGCCGAAGCUGUAG